AUGUGUUUCAGGAAUAAAAGGACGAAACUAAAAUGGAUGGUUAUAUUUCAAGCAUUUUGUUGCGGAUUAAUUGGACCAACACUAGGACAAAAUUUGAAUGGGAAAGGCAUAAUAUAUGCUUCUGCAACCUAUGCCACAGCAAUAACACUUCUCACUCUUGCAACAACAUUUAUCCUUGCUGUCACACUGAGGUUGGAAAGGAUAAAAUGGAGCGUCCCAGCAGGGAAAGCAAAGGUGUUGGGAACUAUAGUUGGGGUUUGUGGGGCAAUUGUGUUCGUAUCCUAUAAAGGGGCAGAGAUUGAUUUAUGGAAUAAAAAUGUUAAUCCUUUACAUUCAUCACUACACUACAAAGUAGGAACUAGGCCUGUAUUGGGAGCCUUCUUGGCAUUUCUUGGUUGUUUUUGCUAUUCCUCAUGGUUGAUUAUUCAGGGCAUAACAGCAGACGAAUAUCCAUAUCCUUACUCGUUUACUGCUCUAACAAUGGUGAUGGGUGCAAUCCAAUCGUUUGUUUAUGCCAUUUGUGUGGAUAGAAAUUGGGAGCAAUGGAAGUUGGGUUGGGAUACCAAACUUCUCACAGUAGCAUAUGUGUGUGAUUUAUCUCUCAUGUCUAGCUUGUCACAACAGCAGGUUCGUUAUUGUUUGCAGGGGAUUUUCGGUGGUGGAGUAAUGUUCUCUUUGUUGAGGUGGUGCGUGGGUACAAAAGGUCCCGUCUAUGUGUCAAUGUUCAAUCCUUUGACAGUUAUCCUGGUGGUGGUUUUCGGAUCCCUUCGGUUGAACGAGAAGUUAUAUUUGGGAAAUGCAUUUGGAGGAGUUGUCAUUAUGAUUGGAGUAUAUGCUGUGCUGUGGGGAAAAGGGAAAGAGACUGAGGGAGAUCAGUAG